CAACCGAGGAGGACGAGCGCACCUCUCCUCCUCAUCGUCUUGAUCUUGCUUACCAUGCCGGGCGAUCCAGAGAUCCGAGCACUGGCCGAGGCCAUCUUUGCCGACCUCCUCGCGGACCAGGUACUGACUACGACAAUUGCCGCCCACCGCGAAGUCAAGCGCGGGCAGGCUGUAUGCGCGACGUGUGGGACACGAUGUCGUGCCCAUGUCCCGAUCGCGCCGCUGGCUAGCGGGUCAACGUCAGCUGUGGGAUCUCGCGAGAGCAGUCCUGCCCGGGGUAUCACAGUGCGGCCGAACGGGUAUACGAUCGGCCCGGAGAAGGGUACGGGCGGUGGAACGGGCAUCGGGAGUGGCAGCGGGCGUGUCGACGCGGCGGGGAACGCAUUCUUCGACUGUCUUGUGUGUGGAAGAAGUGUCACAUCCAACCGGUACGCACCGCACCUGGCCUCCUGCCUAGGGUUCUCGGGGAGCACGCGCCGUGGUGCGAGCCGCGUCGCGGCCGCCAAAGCGAGACUGGGCGCGGACGGGCGCGCCAGUCCGUCCCCCUACUUGACCGGCGACGACAGCGACACCGAAAGCCUGAGCGGCAAGCGGAAGAAACUUCUCAACGGGAACGGCAAGCGGGCGUCGUCGCCGUCAAAGGCAACGCUAAAGAAGGCGCGGCUCGCGCAAGGCCACAGCGGCAGUGCGCCGCCUGCGUCGCGCCCGCCGCACCCGCCGUCGCGGCUCGGGCGGCCGCCGACGUCCGCGAAGAGCGCGUCGCCGUACGCGUCGCCUGAGAAGAGCGGGGCUGCGAGCGUGCCGGUUUGGCGCGAGGGCAGCGCCGCGUCGUCGACUAGCGGCGGCAAGAGCGGGAAGAAGAGCGUGCCCCCGCCGCCAGCCCCGCAGAAUGUAGCGGACGGAGAAGAGUCGAGCGAGGCAGACGACGACUACUGAUUGUACAUGUGCAUAGUGUCGGCAUGUAUUGUACCACACAGGGAA